UUCUCACUCAUCUGUAAAAAAAAAAGAAACCAUUUGUCUGUCACAGCAAUAAAACCCCCUCGAAAUCUCCCAUAGUUUCCUCAACAGAAAAUUAUCUAAUCGCGUCUCUUCAUUCAUUUCCUCCUUCCUAGAGACAAAGAGGGAAGAACACAGAGGAAAGUGAUAGAUUAGAUUAGUACAUAGAAUCAAAACAAAUAAAAUCAACAAGUUAUUCCGACCGGGAUCAAUCGCAACCCUAGUUUUUCUUGCCGUGUCUUAACCUCGUCUGAGAAUCUGGUGUUGUUGAUUGUGGCGGGGACAACGAGUUGAAGAUUCAGAAUCAGAAUUAUGUUCGGUUCUACAAGCCCAGCUUUUGGGCAGUCAUCAACUAGCCCAUUUGGUUCACAGCAACAGUCGGUUUUCGGGCAAAACAACAAUACUGCUAGCAAUCCUUUUGCUCCUAAACCUUUUGGUAGUACAAAUCCGUUUGGUUCUCAGACAGGAGGCUCUAUCUUUGGCGGCAAUUCGACUGGUGUGUUCGGAGGAACUCAGGCUUCUUCGCCGUUGCCUUCUACUCCGACAUUUGGAAACACUGCAUCAGCCCCUAGCUUCGGAGGUUCAGUGCCUUCGUUCGGCUCUCCGACUCCAGCUUUUGGCAGCGGAUCUUCUCUAUUCGGGCAGAAGCCUGCUUUUGGCGGCUUUGGAUCUACUCCUCCUAGUCAGCCAAGUCCAUUUGGGGGUAGCACGUUCCAACAAACCCAAUCGGCAUUUGGAGGCAAUGCAUUUAGUUCAUCCGCUCCUUUUGGUGCACAAAGUCAACCUGCAUUUGGUACUAAUAGCAGCCCUGCUUUCGGAGCGACAAACACUCCUGCUUUCGGUGCUCCUACUACUCCGGCCUUCGGUGCUGCAACUACACCGGCCUUCGGGUCUCAACCAACUGCAGCCUUCGGUGCUGCAACUACACCAGCCUUUGGGUCUCAACCAACUUCAACAUUUGGAUCAGGAGGGGGAUUUGGCACUCCAGCAUUUGGUUCCACAAGCGCUCCAGCAUUUGGUUCCACAAGCACUCCAGCAUUUGGUUCCACGAGCACUCCAGCAUUUGGUUCUACAAGUGCUGCUUCCAUCACUCCUUUUGGGGCUCAACCUUUUAGUUUUGGAACAACCCCUGCAUUUGGCCAAACAAAUUCUGGAUUUGGUAGUACCCCUUUUGGUUCAACUCCGUCUGUCUUUGGAGCCCAAAGUUCUUCCUUCGGUACCCAGACUACAACACCCUCUACAUUUGGAUCUCCAGGUUCCUUUGGGCAGCCAGGUUUUAGUGGUGGUCAACAACAACGUGGUGGAAGCAGAGUAGUGGCUUACGCUCCUACAGUUGAGGCUGAUCAAUCUGGUGCACAGAGUUCUGGAAAACUUGAAUCCAUAUCAGCUAUGCCUGUUUAUAAAGAGAAAAGUCAUGAAGAACUGAGGUGGGAAGAUUACCAGUUGGGUGAUAAAGGUGGGCCGAAUCCUGCUGGUCAGCCAUCAUCCAUUGGAGGCUUUGGCACAACGACUACUCCACAACCGAAUCCUUUUGGGUCUACACCGACAAAUCCAUUUACAUCUACGACAGCUGCCAACCCAUUUGGUCAGAAAACAAGUAGCUUUCCUUCUACUCCUAGUUUCGGCACUUCAGGGUUUAAUACAUCAACACCAUCAAACCCUUUUGCAACAGGUUCAUCACCCUCAACAACAAGUGUAUUUGGGCAACCCAGUACUCCUUUUUUUGGAACUACUUCUAACAGUACUCCUUCAAAUACAACCUCGCUUUUCAAUCAAACACCCGGAUCAACCAACACAUUUGGUACAGGGCUGAGUAUUGGUACAACACCUGCAUUCCCACGGACAAAUAAUCUUUUUGGGACUUCUAGUUCAACCUUUGCACCAAGCACCACGUCUUCCUUUUCUCAGCCAACGAAUGCAUUUACUCCACCAAAUUCUGGCUUCGGGAACAAUAUGUUCAAUUCAACACCGUCUCAGCCUUCUUCUAGCACUUCAUUGUUUGGCCAAACAAAUCCAUCACAACAGAGUCAGCCAGCUUUUUCCUUUCCCAACUUUGGUCAACAACAACAACAACAGCCAGCAGGUGGUGGUUUUGGUGCGGCAACUGGUUUUGGAGCUACAUCAAGCAUUUUUAACAGUGCGUCAAAUGUUUUCGGCCAGAACGCCUUUGGUCAACAGCCUAUUGGCAACCAAAGUAAUACGGUGGCACCACAACCAGCUGCUGUUGCAACGAAUCCUUUUGGAACACUUCCUACAAUGCCUCAAAUAUCAAUUGGACAUACAGGAUCUGCACCAUCAAUUCAAUAUGGAAUAUCUAACAUGCCUGUCGUUGACAAACCCGCACCUGUCCGAGUUUCCUCCUUGUUGACUUCUAGACAUUUGUCUCAGAGGAGGAUUAGGUUACCUGCCAGGAGAUCCCAAGCUAAGAGCGACAGUGCAAGGGUGCCAUUUUUCAGUGAUGAUGAGGAAGCUCCUAGCACACCAAAAGCAGAUGCCCUUUUUAUUCCAAGGGAGAAUCCAAGAGCUCUUGUUAUACGUCCUCUUGAACAUUGGACCUCCAGAACCUCUGCAGAAAAAUCUAAGGAUACUAACAAUAUUCCUCUGCACGAGAACGGUAAACUCUCCGAAAAAGAUUCAGGUUCAAGUUUGAAUGGCUCUAUCAAUCAGGAAAAACAUAAGAGUAAUCCAUCAUUGGGGGAAAAUGGCCACGACAAGGAGCGGACUCAACCUGCUAAAUCCAGCCAAAAGGCAAAUGGGGUUGUUCACGAGGAUCAUUCCAAGAACACCCAAAAUGGGGACUCAUACAUCACACUGAAUGGUCACAGAGCUGGUGAGGCAGCCAUUGUAUAUGAACACGGGGCAGAUAUCGAGGCACUGAUGCCGAAACUCUGCCACUCUGACUACUACACAGAGCCUCGAAUUCAAGAACUAGCUGCCAAGGAGAGGGCAGAGCCAGGGUUCUGCCGCAGGGUGAAGGACUUCGUGGUGGGAAGGCAUGGGUUUGGUAGCAUCAAGUUUGCAGGAGAGACUGAUGUACGGAACCUUGACCUGGAAUCCCUCGUACAGUUCAACAACCGGGAGGUGAUAGUUUACCUGGAUGAGAGUAAGAAGCCCCCAGUAGGGCAAGGACUGAACAAGGCCGCAGUGGUGACACUCCUCAACAUCAAGUGCUUUGAUAAGAAAACUGGACAACAAUACACGGAGGGGGUGAAGGUUGAAAAGUACAAGGAGAUGCUGAUGAAGAAGGCUCGUGACCAGGGUGCUGAGUUUGUUUCUUAUGAUCCUAUCAAGGGAGAGUGGAAGUUCAGGGUGGAUCACUUCAGUCGGUACAUGCUUGAUGACACUGAUGAGGAAGUUGGUGUUGAAGUGGCGCUUUUAGCAUGUUGACAUCUAAAGGAUGUCUGGUUUUACCUUUACUAUCGUCCUUUUCGAUUGGUAUCAAGUGUCCCGUAGUGUUUUUUUUUUCCUGUAUAGGGGAGCAAAAAGAAGGGUGAAAUGUACGAGUCCCUCUAGGUUUGAUACUCUUCUCUGCUUGUAAUAGUAGUAGUAUUAGUUUGUUUUCAUUUUUUGUUUUUUAUUCUGAGUAAUGGAUAACAGGGUUAUCAUUUGAUCUUAAUGUCUGUGUCCACCAUCUGUGUGUUUAUUUGAAGAAAAUGGAGACCAUCUAGAAGGGUUCCAUUUCUUUUAA